AAAAAAAGGCAAAUCCCCUCUCAUUUUUAUGCGUUUCUUUCUGUAUGAUUCCCUCCCCAUCACUCCCGCUUCCAAAAUCCUAACAAAAUCACAACUUUUCAUUAGGGUUUGUGAUUUAACCGAAAUCAAAUUUCGUUUAAAUUUUGUACAAGCUACCUGUUUUUCAAAUUUUCUUUCCGCCCAACUUCUUUUUUUUGCUUUGGUUCGGAAAAACUCUCCCCCUUUCUCUCCGUUUUCGAUUUUGUAGCAAUGCAAAUCAGCUGAUUUGUUGAAAGUUUUUUCUCCCGCUGAGCCCUUUCGAUUAAUUGGGUUUAAGUUAUUCUAUUUUCUCAGUUCUCGUUCAUACAUAAAUUAGGGUUUCACUCCUGGAUUCAAUUGAAUUUCGGAUUUUGCCGCGCUUCUAUUCAAUUGAAUACAUUCGCCACACACACACACACAUAGUUGUUCGGCGGAGCUGAAAGUGGCGGUGGCGGUGGGAUGAAUAGUGUGUUCAGUGAACAGAUUCUUGCUGACAAGCUUUCGAAGCUCAAUAGCACUCAGCAAUGCAUUGAGACUUUAUCGCACUGGUGUAUAUUUCACCGAAGCAAAGCAGAGCUAGUGGUUACAACAUGGGACAGACAAUUCCGCAGUUCAGAAAUAGCCCAGAAAGUGCCUCUUUUAUAUCUUGCAAAUGACAUCUUACAGAACAGCAAGCGUAAAGGCAAUGAAUUCGUUACCGAGUUCUGGAAAGUUCUUCCUUCAGCACUCAAAGAGUUAGAGAGUAAAGGCGAUGAUCGUGGAAAGAAUGUGGUGUCUAGAUUGGUUGGGAUAUGGGAAGAAAGAAGAGUUUUUGGUUCUCAAGCUAAAAGCCUUAGAGAUGCGAUGCUUGGAGAAGAAUUACCUCCACCUUUAGAGCUCAGGAAGAAACGGUCUCGCUCUGUCAGAAUAGUUAAAAAGGACUCACGUUCUAUAAAGACGAAACUGAGCAUUGGUGGUACAGCAGAGAAAAUUGUUUCAGCAUUUCACUCGGUGUUCAGUGAACACAACAGUGAAGACGAAGAAUUGAGUAAAUGCAAGUCUGCUGUUCAUCGUGUGAAAAAGAUGGAGAAAGAUGUUGAUGUGGCCUUAACAAAAGCCAAAGAUCCAUCGCGCAAGACCCUAGCCAAAGAGUUGGAGGAGGAAGAAAGUACAUUGAAGCAAUGCAUUGAAAAACUUAAAGAAGUUGAAAACAAUAGAGCCGCCCUCGUUGCUCAGUUGAGGGAUGCACUUCACGAGCAGGAAUCUGAACUGGAGAAUGUUCGGACACAGAUGCAGGUUGCACAGGCACAAGUAGAAGAAGCCACACACAUGCGAAAACAAUUGAAUGAAGAUCGCGUAUUCGACUCAAAACCAUCAACAACGCCAACAGACGCCAAUCCCAACUCGGAGCAAUCAUCAAAAAAAUCCGCUGCUGCAAUUGCAGCUGAAGUUGCAGAUAGGCUAGCAGCCUCGACAUCCUCCCAGUAUAUCAUGACAUCGGUUCUCUCCUCAUUUGCUGCCGAAGCAGCUAAAGGUGCUGGGCUGACGCCAUCAUCAACCUCAACGACUUCUUUCUCAUCAACACAGAGCAAUCCCAUGUCAAAAUCCGAAAACCCGCCUGUUUCAGAUCCUAAAGCUUACAUGGCUGCGCAGAUAAACCCUUCACAAAACCCUUAUCAAACCGUCAUGGCUCAGCCCUCGAUGCAAGUUCCCAACUCUCAAGCCCUCUAUCACUCAGUACCUAACCAGCCUUCUAUGCAGUAUAUGCAGCCUGGUUCGUAUGAUUAUAGUGGCUUGAGUCCUAUGCCGCCUGGGCCUCCUCCACCGGCCCCUCCAUCAUACAUGGUUAACCCGAUGGUGCAAAUGCUGCCAAUGGGGCAUCAGCCAUCAACAGUACCUCAGCAGCAACCCAUGUCGGUAUCUCAACAGCAACCGCCUCCGCCUGCAGGCUUUCGCCCUCUAGCUCCUAUUCAGGCACCCGGAAUGGUAUAUUUUUCACACCCUUACCGAUUGCAGUGAUGUGCUGACAUUUGUAGUCGUCAAAAGGCUUCUUGUAAACUUGAAAUUUUGUUGUGAGAUUUAGUAGACAUCAAUAGCAGUGUAUCAUUUUGCUUUGGACAAUAAUAGGCUUUUCAGUUUUAUACUUUAA